AAAGUCAUACGGAAAACUUCAUUAAUGACAAGAAGUGAAGAAGAAAGCAAUUAUUCACAUCAGGAUGAGUUUAGAAUGCCUGGGACGUACUUUUGUGACUGUUAUCAAUUCAAUUUUCAUGUUUUUUAGCCUUUCCUUGUUAGCUGCAGGUGUAGUUGCCAAACUAGCAUCGGAUAUUAGUUUUAUAAAUGGACUUGAAGAUCAAGUUAAAGAAUAUUUAAAUUCUACGACAGCGAAUAUUGGAACUUCAAACAACGGAAUCAACAAUUUGUCCAUUGCUCAGCAUUUAGAUGGGAUGGCCCUUAUAUUCAUUAUUUCUGGUUGCGUUUUGUUUUUCUUGUCAUUUUCUGGUUGUUGUGGAGCCUUGUGCAAUUCUAAAACAGCAAUGACUAUCUACGCCAUGAUCAUAAUAGUUAUGUUCAUUGCAGAAAUUGUUGUGGUAAUUUUACUGUAUGCUGCUCCAAACACGAUUCAAGAUGCUAUAAAAGACGCUUUAUAUGAAUCGUUGCAAAACUACAGAGGGCUUGGAAACUUUGAUGCUACAACACUUGGGUGGAUGUUUUUCAUGAAAGAGAUGAACUGUUGUGGUGUUCAUGGGUAUUGGGAUUUCAGUAAUACACGCACCGAUAGUUGGAGAAAACCUGGAUUAGUCAACAGUAAGCUAGAUGCACCAAUCGUAUGCUGUGUUACUGAACCACUAAGCCCUUCUAAAGCUGAUACAAGUUGUGCACGCGAAGAAACCUUUGAUAUACAUACACAGGGAUGUUUUGGUGCAGUAUGGGACGUUCUAAUGGGCAACUCAUUGUAUACCGGAAUAGUAUUUUCUGUGGCAUUUGUUUUCCAGUUGCUGCUGAUUAUAUUUUCGUGCAUUAUGAUCGCAAGGAAUAAGGAAAAGAGCAAAUUGGCGGCAGCUUGUAGGUGGAUUAGAAUAGGCUCGCGUUGUUUAGUUUGUGUAGUGGAAAACGCUUAAUGAUUUGUUUGUAUCAAUAAAUUUCUUAUUUGCUUUAUAACAGAGUAUAGUACUGUCUAAGCUAUAUUAUUCUAUUGUAUUACUUGGUUGAAGGAGGAUUUCGAUGAGCUUGACCAUGUGUUUUUUUCCGGUCAAAAUUACAUUAAUGUAACAAACAGACUUGUUUCUGGUUUCACGACAAACAGUGUUUUGAAAUGACUACCUUGAGGGAUAAAAUAGUUAAAAAUAAUAAGUUAUAAAUAACCAUGUAUUGGUUUGGGUUAAACGAGAUAACUCAGCAACUUUAUAUAACAUUUUGUUUUACAAAAUUUUAAAUUUCGUUUUGAUACAUUUAUGUAUCUUCAUCGUGUAUAAUUUUAGUCCUUCGUCCGAGUUUUACUACUAUUUUGAUCCUUAUCAGUUAAUGUUACUCUAUAGCAUAGGUUUGGACUUUAAAAAUACUUUGUCCUCGAGAAUCACUGAAAUACGUCAAUUAUCUAAAUAUGAUUGUAUAUCCAGUAAAGUUGGUACCGUAAACGUGAUAUCUACAGCUGAAAUCUGUUCAUGGAAUUUGCACAGAAGACCUGCUUACGAUAGAUUUAUACAAAAUGAUAAACAGGCAAUUCAUUAAAUGCAUGUUGUGUUAUCCUUUUUUUAUAUAUCAAUUUCAUUUUUCACACAUGCAUAUAACUACAUAUUAUGUGAUUGGUGUUUUUUUUUCAUGAUUGUUUUGGAUACACACUCUAUAUGAUUAAGACUUGCAUAUUCCUUAUUUUUCUACCGUAAUCUUCCAAAACCAUGAAGAAAUAAUCAAUUGAAUAUCCGAAACACCAUGGGUUAAAGUAAUUAUUUUUAUUUACAUUCUUCUAUCGAAAAAUUGCCCUUUUCCGAUGAAUUUAUAACUUUAUUGAGGAAAAUCAAUGCAUGUGAAAUUAAGACAUUAGUAGAGUCUCAUUUGAAUAUGAAUAUGAAAGUGAAAGAUUAAUUGGAUUUUUGUGUACCAGUUGGUUAUAAUUCCUUGCAUUACAUAUAUUAAACAUUUCAAUUUAUAUCAUGUUAUAGUUACAUUAAUAAAUACGACAAUUCUGAUUAAUGUUUUAUGGUUUUGUCGAUGUUAUUUUUAUUUAAAUGAGUUAACAGUAAACAAAAUGUACUGUUGUGGUUUUGUCUAUUUGUGUAUUACCUCAAAAACCUAUGAUUUCCUCACAAGGAACAUAUUUGUCAGUAGUAGAUGAAUGUACUUAGACAUAGUUGGCUAUAGGAAUUGUUUGUACUUACUUCUAAUUCAAACAUAUUAAUUUAUUGUAGAUUGGGAAACACGGUUUUUGCAACUUAUUAUGUAUCUUGUUACUUGUUUAU